UCAAAACCCCAAUGACCCUUAUUCAAAAUACGCCAUAGUUCUUGAGUAAUGAAGGACAAAACAGAUAAGAUUCUUACUACUUUUGCCGAAAGGGUAUGGGAUGAAAAAUACAUCGUUUCAACACAAUUGCAUUCUCAGCUUCAUCAUCGAAUUAGGCAGUUUCGUUAAGAGAAAAUCGCGAUUUCAUUUUAUUGACGUUUCAAGGCAACGUUGUGUUUCAUCAAACGUGUCAAAUCUAUUUACGAAUGUUACGAAAUAGUUGUUCACAUUAUCUGUUAUAAAAAACACGUACAGUAUCUGAGAAACUCAUUGUCACCAUUAACUGUCAACAAAUGAGGGCUUUCAUAAUUGUGUUUAAUUCUCCAGCAAUAUUUUAAAAUGUAGAACACAGGUUACACCUUCUUGGUUUCUUUGGCAACGAAGAAAAAAUUCGAAUCCAUUUUAUUUAAUAAACUUAACGGCUAGCACCUUGAAUAAUUUUUUACAGCCAAAAUAAGGCAUUCAUUCUUUACUUGCAAUUUGCUAAUUUAUACAAUUUGUAAUUUCUUCGAUGUUACAUCCCUAUAUAAAGCACUGCAACAGAAGAUCAAACUGCAGACAUUAAAGAACGAGUUGGAAGCCGAAAAGAUGAAAAUCGGACGGAUAACCAUUCUACAGACGAUUGUUUUUGUUUUCCUUUCGACCUUGGCUGUUUGUGGAAAUGCUUUGGUGCUAUAUUGCAUUUCGCAAAACACAAGAAUGCAAACUGUCACGGGGAUGUUUCUCGUGAGCCUUGCAGUCACCGAUCUUGGCGUUGGCUUGAUAAGUCUACCAGUAUCGCUUGUAUCUGCAUACAACCCUAUUCUUCUGUCCAAUAAGUGGUUUUGCGAUCUUAACGGGACUAGUAUGAUGCUUUUUCUGCUCUCUUCGUUGCUGACCCUAGGCAGUAUCAGUCUUCAGAAAUAUAUAUGCGUUGGUUUUAACAAGCGAACGAGUUUCAAUAAAAAAACUGCCAAGCGUUGCAUAGCUGCAAUAUGGGUGGUGUCCGCUGGUCUAAGUUUGGCGCCAGUCUUAGGCUGGAGCAAAUAUGGGACAAGCAAAGACGGUCAUCAGUGCGGUCCCUUUGCAUGGGACAUUCCCGGGAGAAUCUACAGCGCUUGUAUUCUGGUAAUAGGCUUCAUCAUUCCUAUUACAGUCAUGAGUUAUUGUUACAAAAGCCUUUAUAGGAAGAUGAGAGAGCAUAAUGAAAGAAUGAGGGCAAAUGCAGUCAUUUCUCCAUCACUACCGUCAGUGCAAAAUCAAGACAACAGGAGAGCAAACCGACUGGAGAUUCGCAUGAUUUAUACGUUUAUGGUCAUUGGCAUUGUGUUUUUGUGUUGCUGGUUGCCGUCAGGAGUACUUGUUAUCUUAGAAUUUGCACAAGUCGAAGAACCGCUUGAGUAUGAGUUAUUUGCACUCGCACUUGCAUACGGGAACUCGACUCUCAACCCGAUAAUAUAUGCUUAUCGACAUCAAGAAUUCCGUAGAGGCUUUAAAAGCGUCUUAUUGAUGGGGGUACCGAAGUGCUGUAGACGAAAAGUCAGCGAUUCAAGUAACGAAUUCGAAAGGCAAGCUUAUGUGUUUGGGAACAACAAUGCUAGGAUUCCAGUUACUGUAUAAUGAUGAACGAUACCGAAUGCUUGUUGAAGGACAAUAUAAAGCAGGAACACGCUAGUAUCAUGAACACUUAGCUAAAGACCUAUAUUGUAUAUAGAUUUUUGAGGUACUUCGGCAAAUCUUCAAUGUAUCAAACUUCAUGGUAGUCAGGCAUAACCUUAAAAAUACUCAUAUAUAUAAUAAAAGAGAAGCAGAAAUGACCCAACUUGUAAUUAUCUUAGUCUACUUGGUUUAUAGACACCACAAUCACUCAGACUGACAGAAAAUUUCUAUACAAGACCAAAUAAGCUACCACUUUAAUGUUUCCAACUGUGAGUUGGCUUACUUGGACCUUUAUCAUAAACUGUUUUUAUAAAUAUUCACUGUGAUUAACAGAAUUGACUUGAAAAAAUCAGAAAUUGAUAGGAAGAUGGAAAGACGAAAGAAUUACCUGAAAAGACAAGCCAGGUUAUACAUAGCCUUGUAAUGAUAAGGGUUGUGGAGCAGAGUCUGUUUGAAGUGGUACUCAGCUUCCUAAAAAGGACAAGGAAAUUAUAGGCUACGCGUAAAAGCUGUCUAAGCAACAAACACCAAAGGGGCACAGUCAAUGAGUCGCUCAGGCUCAAUGUAAACAACCCACAAAGACAAAUUAUUUUCUGAAAUCAGUUAUUAACGUAUAUUUCACCUUCAAGAUGCUUUAAACUCUCUAUCAUUCAAUAUAUGUAAAAUAAGGCAUCAAAUAAAACAACCUUGGUAAUUAUUUGCAAUACCUACUUU